UGGUGACCCUCGGCCCCUCCGCACCCGGGAGCCCGGAUGUCUGCCGCCAUCAGCGGCCCAGUCGGUGUGGGCGUCGGUUCUGCCAUGGGUUAUUUCGUCCCGCUCUCCCUGUUGCUGCUGCUCGCCUUUCCGCUCAGCCUGGUGCAGCGGGGCCCCGGUGCAGGGCUGUCUUUAGUUGCUGCAGAUGACCCAACGGAGGAUGAGGAAGGUGUAGAUGAUUCUAUAGUGGAGGAUGAAGAUGAUGAAGCAGAGAUAGAGGAAGAUGAUGCAACGGACAUUAUGGAAGAUGAAAAGGAAGAGGAAGAAGAAGAUGAUGACUCAACUUUCGGGGAACCAAAAGCUUCUCCCAAUGCUGACACAACUAUCUUGUUUGUGAAGGGAGAAGAUUUCCCAGCUAACAACAUUGUGAAAUUCUUGGUUGGAUUUACAAAUAAGGGCAACGAAGAAUUUGUUGUAGAAUCUUUGGACGCUUCAUUCCGUUAUCCUCAAGACUAUCAGUUCUACAUUCAGAAUUUCACAGCAUUACAGCUGAAUACAUUGGUGCAGUCCCAACGUCAAGCAACAUUUGAGUAUUCAUUUAUCCCUGCUGAGCCAAUGGGAGGUCGGCCAUUUGGGUUAGUCAUCAACCUCAACUACAAGGAUGCCAGUGGCAAUAUUUACCGUGAUGCUGUUUUCAACCAGACUGUUACAAUAACUGAGCGAGAGGAUGGUCUAGAUGGAGAAACAAUAUUUUUAUAUAUGUUCCUAAUUGGCCUUGGGUUACUUGUUGUGGUUGGUAUCCACCAACUCCUGGAAUCAAGAAAAAGGAGACGGCCAACUUCCAAAGUAGAGAUGGGUACAUCUAACCACAACAACGUAGACAUGAGCUGGAUUCCUCAGGAAACCCUGAACCAAAUCAACAAAACUUCACCAAGGAGGUCUCCCCGUAAGCGAGCGAAGAGGACCGUGGGUUCAGACGAGUAAUAGCUUCAGUUUUUAAUUUUCAGUGUUCAAUCCUGUCCACUUUAAUUUAGCAGUGGCAAUAAUGCUGAGAUGCCAUCUAAAAGCAUUAAAAAUAAUUAAUGGACUAAGCUAUAGAAUGUGUAAGAAUGUUUUUUUGGAAGAGCUACUCAUUGAGCUGCACUUUGGGGUAGAGAUUUGCCAACUUUUGCCAUUUCAAUAUGGUUUGUAUACCUGGAGAAAUUUGCAGCUUAGUCUUCUAAUGUAAACAGUUCUGUAAAGCAAAUUGUUUUUGGCCAGUGUAUGAUUCUAUAGAUCAUACGAAGUAUUGGAUUCUUAUGGAGUUUUGAUUUUGUGUUCCUUUUGGUAUUGACUCAAAAGAAAUAGAUGUUUUUUUUUCAGUGCAGGAUAUUUCAUCAUAUAAGCAUGUCGUUACCUAGCACAUGUGCAUAAUCAUUGCAUCAGCUUUUUUUUAAUCCUGUUUCUGAUCACUUCAACUCUGGAAUGAAUGCUCUGAGCCAGUGUUUAUAGUCAAUGUGGUUUGAGUAAAAUAAAUCUUUGCACAGAUUUGAGGUCUUGCUCAGCAUCAUGGAAAUGUGUGAGAGCUCAUCUGUAUAUUUGGAACCUAAAUAAGGUUGCAGUUUUUGUUUUCCGGGGAUAUAGCAUUCAGAUGAGAAUUUUAUUUUUUGACAAACUUGCAAUUUGUAGACUUGUUAGAGUGAGCCAUAGGGGGCAAAAUCAAAAGUAAUUUGCAAAUGAACAUCUUACUCAUUAUUUGGAUACCAUUCUACAAAUUUUACUUGAGCAGAGUUUCAAAAACUCACGUAUUAAGAUGUUUUCAAUAAACUGAAAUGACUAGUUUUUAAGUGGAUAAGAUCUCAUUAAAGUAAACAAACUGAGUUUCUGUGUGUAAGUUUUUACUUUUAUCAACAUGCUGUCUUCUGCUGUUGUAUAAGUUAUAACACAUUGAGUAUGUAAUUUAAUUAACAAGCUAUGUGGGAUAGGGGAGGAGAGUAAUUCUGUUUUUGGCUAUUGGUACUCUGUUAAUUCUCCACUUUUCAGUUUUGCACUGCCUUUUAAAUACCUGUCACAGUGUGCAGAGGUAUUACUCUCCAACAUCAGCAAAGACUAUUUGAAUUGGCCUUUUCUUAACUUAGGGGAUAUUACUGAAAUCUCAGUGUUUUAAAUUCUUACGGUAGGUAAUUAAUUUACCUGAUGUUUCUGCGCUCAUUCUUGUUUGGUUAUAACUAAUCUUGAUUUCUCCCAAUUGAUAUAGCAGAAAAUAUACUGUUUUCUUUUAUGUAAUCAUGAUUUCAAAAUAAACUAGAGCUGAAAACUUUGCA